AUAGUAUGUAUAUUUCUCAUGUAAGCGUGUGCAUACGACUGUGUGAGUGUGUGUGUGAGUGUGUGCUGUGUGCGUGUCUGUAUGCGAACGAUUUGAUUCCGAUUUUAAACAAUACAAUCUACAUUUUUUUCCAAACAAUUUGGACGACUUGGAUGGAACGAUAGAGUAGGACGAAACAAUUCAGUAAUCCGAAGUUUCAAAACCGAUCUUUGCAGAAAACAGGCUAAGUCGACCUCACACGAUAACGAUGAUAAUUGUGUGUUAUUUUUAAUCGACUGUUAAUUUUAUUUAGGCAUGAAAUUAUAUAUACAGUAAGUAGCGAAGUGACCUGCCGGAAGCGAGAUGUUAUGGCAGUUUAGCGACCGAAGACUUUUGUUUCUUCAGCUGUAGUUUCUGAGUGUACGCUCUUUUGUGUGUAUGUGUGUGUAUGCAUGUGUGUCUGUUUGUACUUGAGUGCAAGUGUGCCUUUUGAUAAGUGCGCAAAACUGUUUGCUAAGUUUGGUGAACAUACUGCACGUCGAUAGUCAUGUAUAGCCAACUUACAGUACUUCAGUAAAACAGCAAAAAAAGUUUUAUAGCAGAAGCCAUACUUAUCAGAAAUACAAGGAUGAUGAAGACCUUAACGAAAAAGCUGAGAAGACAUUCUCUCAAUGAAAUACACCCUUUUCAGUUGAAGAUCUCCUACCACGGCAGUGAGGAGGGAUGGGAGAGCGAGGACUCGGAGGGGGAGAACCAGGAGCUGGCACAGAUCGACAGGGAGCGGCGGCGGAACUGCGGCCUGACCCCGCUGGCCACCAGCCAGCAGUACAACCAGGGGGCGCUGUCCCCGGCCCGGCUGCGCCGCCUCCGCCUGCUCCUGGACCCGGCGCGGGACCGCCACAGCUCGGAGGAGGAGCUGGAGCGCAUCAUCCGCGCCGAGGACAGGAAGUGGGCGGAGCACAGCAGCAGCGCCUCCAGCGACGAGGAGGUGAAGGACCUGUGCGGCCCCCCCGCGGACCAGGGCCCCCGCCUCGCCCUGGCCCCCAGCCCCGUGCUCUUCAGCGCCUCCCCCCCGCCCCACCACGGCCUGCGGCCCCCGUCCCGCGGGCCCCCCAGGCCCCUGCUCCUCGGCCACUUCGAGCCGCCGGCCGCGCCCUACCGCCGCCACCGCCAGGGGUACGCCGGCGAGCAGCGCAGGCCCAGCCUGGACCUGGAGAAGAUGCAGCAGAAAAUGCUGCUGAAGAAGAACGGCGGAGGGAAGACGAGGACCAUAAAGAUUCGGAACCUGAGCGGAAGCCGCCCCCCACCCAGGUACGCCUACGACCCCUCCGUCUUCGCCUUCCGCUCUCUCAGCACCGUCCCGCCCCGGAGCCCCCUCACCCCACAGGAGGAACUGGCCUGAGGCCGGCCCGGACCGGACACGCCCCACGUGUGGACUCUCGCUGACCAGAAAAAGCCAAAAAAAAAAAAAAAAAAAAAAACGGAUAUCAAAAGCAAUAUAUAUAUAUUUUUUGUUAAGAUUCCCUUUCAGUCCAAGUUUGUCUAUCUGACCGGAAUAUUACUUUAAGAAAAAUAUAUUGUUAAUAAUAAUAAUAAUAAUAAUAAUAAUAAUAAUAAUAAAAAAAACAGGUAAAUCGGUGGCCAGGGUGUGGAGGACUGACCAGCAGGGCGGGAAUCGUUCUUUCACUCUUAGCCUUUGACCCAAUUACUCUCAGGUAUCCCAUUUGAUAGACAGCGGCUUCGCCUAGGCUACCGCUGGCUACAAAACUACAAAGACCAGCAUGCAGCAGAAGAUUCAUCCCCACACUGGGGAAGACUUAUGCCCAGGAGCUGGCGGGGGCUGUUUAGCAUUUGAAGGCCUACAGUACCCAGUCAAAUGGGCGCUCAGCUCCUAGGAUAUUUCAGGUAUUUUAUUCACCAUUGGCUUUGUUUCAGGCCCCUCCCCCCUGCGCUCACAUCAAUCUUAGCCCCGUAGGUUCUCUCUCACGGGAAGCAUGUGAGCUUGAGGAGAUGAAAGAACGGCACAAAUCCUAUGUUGUGGGGGAAAAAAAAAAAGACAGAGGAAUUUAAGUUUUCUGUGUAUGGACAAAACAGCACACAAACUGUGCACCCUUAAGACAAUCUGUGGGUUCCCCUUGAGUUUUCAGAGGCAAACACCUGACUGAACCCCCCCCCCCCAAAAAAAAGAAAAUAGAAGUGCUUUAAUGAACCCCCGUUUCCACUGUAGCGCCCAGCUGAUCCGAUGUCAUCACACUCAGAGCAGAUACUGCUUUGUGUACUUACAGUGACUGAGACUGACCGUUGUUGGGACAGACCCUAGGAGUGCGUUUUCUUUCCAGGCCACGCGACGCGAGUGGUUUGCUGAAAGGUGAUUGGGCCGAUCAUCGGACCACUUGAACUGCAAGUAGACUCUGUGUAGGCCAUGUACAUCCUGCUUCACUGACUUACUGUACUGUAACAGCACACAGAAUGCACGCGACAAGGAGAUCGGUGCUGUACUGGAGGAUCUGCGAAGGCCUGUUGGAGGAGGGGGGGAAAAAUUAAAAAAAAGAUGCACCUUGAAUCCAAGAUGAAAGGAAGCUGGUGGAGGAUGUUCCUGUUCAGAAGCCAGGGUCAUAGCCCCGAGGCUUCUGUAAAGACGUGUGUGAGCUCUCCUGGACUGUUCGGGAGACAGGAAGUGGGCAGGAAGUGGGCAGCCAGUGAACCAGCCUAAUGCUCUCCCACCUUUUCCUCUCUGGCUUUGAAUGUAAAAAAAAAAUAAAAAAUAAAAAAAAAGCAUAAAUAAAAGGUUGACGCACCUAACCCAGGAUAAGGAGAGUAGAGAUCGUAGUUUUGAAUGUGUUAUCUGUUACAAAGAGGACUUAUUUAUGCGCACGAAUGUAUCCACGUACUGAUCGGACGAGAAGCACUGAGAUCAAACUGCAGAACGAAGGCUGUAAGGCGAGCGUGGCGGAGUACGUUCUGCGAGUACGACUGUAACGCAGUAAGAGCGAAAGGGGGAAUCUCCCCCUCCCCCUCCCCGUGUCUCUGUUUGUCGCUUGCGUUCAAACGUAAUAAAUGGAGAAAUAAAGGCUCGUGUUUCUUCGC